AUGGGGAAACAAUGGAUGCUAUAUGCCCUCGGAGGUAUUGCCUCGUUAGGCUUGUGCCAAUCUUUAGCUCCGGCAAAUGACAUUGUGUUCCCAUCAUCGAAGACCUCAUCGAAUCCACUCAUAUAUGCAGGUGGCAAUACACCGUAUUUUGCAGGCCCAAAUGUGAAUGGGAUUGAUAGCGAAGUUCCGGCAAAGUGUACCGUGAGGCAGGCCGCUUAUGUCGUUCGGCACGGCAGUAGAUUCCCAGACACUGGCUCGUAUAAUUCCUGGGUUGCGCUUCACGACAAGAUUCAGGCUGCAGCACAAGGAGAUGGUUUUGAUCCCCAAGGGUCGCUCAAAUUCAUCACUGAAUGGAAGCCAGUAUUGACAAAUCCUUCUUUGCAACUUGCGCAAGAGUCGAUGACCGGAUGGAAGGAGGCAAGCGAUCUUGGUUACCAACUGCGGUCCAGAUAUCCUGAUUUCUACCAGGAUGGCACUCCGUUCUACGUCUGGGCCAACCAGUACAAAUCCCCAAUCAAUGAGUCGCGGGUGGUUCAGACUGCAAGAGCAUUCAUCAAUGGUUACUUGUAUGAGUAUGCUGAUACUUACGGUACUAUUGUGAGCGUGAAUUCGACAGGAUCACCCAAAGCCAUUGGUAACUCUCUCGGACCGUCUGAUUCAUGUCCCGCAUUCGGCGCCAUCUCUAGUGGAGGUGACAAUGUGACCAACUGGCAGGCUACCUGGCUCCCCAAGGCUACGCACCGCAUCAACUCUCUUAUCAAGGGAAACCUCACUUUCGACGAGAGCGAAGUACUAUUCUUCCCCUAUAUCUGUGCAUAUGAGAGCCAGAUAAUAGGCCGUAUAAGCCCCUGGUGUGACGUUUUCAAAAAGCAUGAGCUUCGCGACUACGCAUACUCCCAGGACUUGAGCUACUUUUAUGGCGUCGGGCCUGGCUCAAUUGGUCCAGCGAAGGUGCUUUUCCUCCCAUUUAUCAAAAGCCUGCUUUCGACUCUGGAAUCAGGUCCUGGAAAAUCGGGCGUUGGGCCUGAUGGCACUCAAUUCGAAAUUCCAAGUCUCAUCAUGGCGUUCUUGAAUGACAAUCAAAUUGCCGAGAUGACUGCUGCUAUGGGAAUAUUCGAUUCUGAGGAAUCGCUUCCAGAUGAUCACAUUCCAGCUCAUCAUCUGUACAAUGUGGCCAACUUUGUCACUAUGCGUGGUACUGUUGCUUUCGAAGUUCUUGAUUGUGAUGGCAAGAAUGGUCCGUACAUUCGUGUCUUGUUUAAUGACGCUGUUUACCCCAUCAGCAGUUGUCAAAAUGGCCCUGGAAAAAGUUGCGCCUUGACUGAUUACAUCUCCUUAAUUGACGAGAAGAUCCAGAAGGCGGGCAACUUCUUUGAUUACUGCAACGUCACCGACUCUGAUCACCCCGAAAUAGCCGCUGGUGCUAGCUUCUUCCAAGAUCUUUCCCUAGAUUUCUUGACUUUUGUGAAGCCUUGA